AUGUCUCUCCCCGCCAGAAACCCCAAGCACAACCCGCUCUUCAUCCUCAAAACGUGCAAGGCGCUAAAUGGGCGUCCGGCUUAUAUUGCCGGUCCCAUGGUGCGUUACCUGAAGCUCCCGUUUCGCGAGUUGGUCAGGCACUACAACACCGACAUCGUGUAUACGCCGAUGAUCUUGGCCCGGGAGUUUGUCCGAAACGAGACCGCUCGUAUCAGCGACUUCACCACCAACGAGCGGGACCGCAGCGUCAUCGUGCAGGUCGGCUGCAACAAUGUCGAAGAUCUUUUGAAGUUUGUCGAGAUGAUCCAUCCGUACGUCGAUGGAAUCGGGCUCAACUGCGGGUGUCCGAUCCGCGAACAGGUGCGCGAAGGUAUCGGCGCUGCUUUGAUGUCGGAGCCCGAGCUCGUGGCCAGCAUGGUCAAGGCUGUCAAAGACAAGUACGGAGACCGUGUGUGUCUCGAAACCAAGAUCCGCAUCCACAGCAAUCUCGACGAGACGGUGCGGUUUGUCAAGAUGGUCGAGGCUGCGGGCGUGGACUUCAUCACAGUGCACGGACGGACGAAAACAACACGGCUGUCUGUGCCAGCAAAUUUUGACGCGAUCAAGUUGGUCAAGGAGUCCGUGGUACCCACUGUCCCGGAUCCCAAGAAACACAACCUCACGAUAGCCCCCACUGUUGCCACGCACUUAGUUCUGCUCGCCACAGCACCCAUCAAAAUCAGCAUGUCUCUCCCCGCCAGAAACCCCAAGCACAACCCGCUCUUCAUCCUCAAAACGUGCAAGGCGCUAAAUGGGCGUCCGGCUUAUAUUGCCGGUCCCAUGGUGCGUUACCUGAAGCUCCCGUUUCGCGAGUUGGUCAGGCACUACAACACCGACAUCGUGUAUACGCCGAUGAUCUUGGCCCGGGAGUUUGUCCGAAACGAGACCGCUCGUAUCAGCGACUUCACCACCAACGAGCGGGACCGCAGCGUCAUCGUGCAGGUCGGCUGCAACAAUGUCGAAGAUCUUUUGAAGUUUGUCGAGAUGAUCCAUCCGUACGUCGAUGGAAUCGGGCUCAACUGCGGGUGUCCGAUCCGCGAACAGGUGCGCGAAGGUAUCGGCGCUGCUUUGAUGUCGGAGCCCGAGCUCGUGGCCAGCAUGGUCAAGGCUGUCAAAGACAAGUACGGAGACCGUGUGUGUCUCGAAACCAAGAUCCGCAUCCACAGCAAUCUCGACGAGACGGUGCGGUUUGUCAAGAUGGUCGAGGCUGCGGGCGUGGACUUCAUCACAGUGCACGGACGGACGAAAACAACACGGCUGUCUGUGCCAGCAAAUUUUGACGCGAUCAAGUUGGUCAAGGAGUCCGUGGGUGUGCCUGUGGUGGCCAACGGCGACUGUUUCCUGUUCGAUGAUGCCACGAAGAUCGCGGACUUUACUGGCGUGGACGGCGUCAUGGCCGUGCGGGGCAUCUUGUCCAACCCGGCACUUUUCGCGGGCUUCGACAAAACGCCAUGGGCGGCCGUCGAGCGUUUCUGGCACUUGGCCACAAGCUACGGAUUGCCCUUCCGCAUCACUCAGCACCACUUAUCGGAGAUGAUGGACAAGCUCAUCCCACGCAAGUACUUGAAGGAGAUGAACGAGCUCACCAACUUGGUCGAUCUCAUCGACUGGUUCGACUUCCACUUCAUGCUAAAACGGGAGGGACAACCGGGUUUUGCCACGCUGGUCGACGUCACGUGGCGGGAACACCGCGGCGAUGCUGCCCAUAUCUGA